AUGUCACAUGUAAUAUCACCGUCUCUAACGCUGCCAUCUGUUGGUGAACAGUUCACCAAUGAAGUCCAGUUAAAUUCUACAGUGACUUGGCCAGCAGUCACUGCAACCAACUCUGACGAUCAACCCAUCACAUGUACAUUCUCAUCAGGAGAUGCUGCAGUCGGUCUUACAGGAGGUGUGUUUGGAGUUGGAUCUCACACGAUCAACUGCACAGUGAUUAAUGAUGGCGGAUGUAUUACAUCAGGGAGCUUCACAUUCAAUGUCACAGUUUGUUCAUUGAUGUGUUUGAAUGGAGGAACAUUGGAUUUGGAGCGUUGCCAAUGCGGCUGCACACAAAGUUGGACUGGAGACACGUGCUCAUCAUCACUGUCAUAUGUACUAGUGCCAACCAUUAGUACUCAGUGUAUCACUGCUGGCCAAGCACCUGUGUCACUGACAUGGAAUGAAGUUACUGGUAACAAAACGUCUACUACUGCCAUUGGUGUAAUUUGUCAAGACUCUGGAGAUGGUAGAAAUGUGAGUGUUACUGGAGGAAUCUUUGGAGUUGGAUCUCAUUCUGUCAUCUGUAUUGCUCAAUUCUCAGAUGGGAGUGUGGAUACUGCAGGAUUCACAUUCAAUGUCACAUUAUCACCGUCUCUAACGCUGCCAACUGUUGGUGAACAGUUCACCAAUGAAGUCCAGUUAAAUUCUACAGUGACUUGGCCAGCAGUCACUGCAACCAACUCUGAUGAUCAACCCAUCACAUGUACAGACUCAUCAGGAGAUGCUGCAGUCAGUCUAACAGGAGGUGUGUUUGGAGUUGGAUCUCAUACGAUCAACUGCACAGUGCUUAAUGAUGGCGGAUGUAUUACAUCAGAGAACUUCACAUUCAAUGUCACAGUUUGUUCAUUGAUGUGUUUGAAUGGAGGAACAUUGGAUUUGAAGCGUUGCCAAUGCGGCUGCACACAAAGUUGGACUGGAGACACGUGCUCAUCAUCACUGUCAUAUGUACUAGUGCCAACCAUUAGUACUCAGUGUAUCACUGCUGGCCAAGCACCCGUGUCACUGACAUGGAAUGAAGUUACUGGCAACACAACGUCUACUACUGCCAUUGGUGUAAUUUGUCAAGACUCUGGAGAUGGUAGAAAUGUGAGUGUUAAUGGAGGAAUCUUUGGAGUUGGAUCUCAUUCUGUCAUCUGUAUUGCUCAAUUCUCAGAUGGGAGUGUGGAUACUGCAGGAUUCACAUUCAAUGUCACAUUAUCACCAUCUCUAACGCUGCCAACUGUUGGUGAACAGUUCACCAAUGAAGUCCAGUUAAAUUCUACAGUGACUUGGCCAGCAGUCACUGCAACCAACUCUGAUGAUCAACCCAUCACAUGUACAGACUCAUCAGGAGAUGCUGCAGUCGGUCUUACAGGAGGUGUGUUUAGAGUUGGAUCUCAUACGAUCAACUGCACAGUGAUUAAUGAUGGCGGAUGUAUUACAUCAGAGAACUUCACAUUCAAUGUCACAGUUUGUUCCUUGAUGUGUUUGAAUGGAGGGACAUUGGAUUUGGAACGUUGCCAAUGCGGCUGCACACAAAGUUGGACUGGAGACACGUGCUCAUCAUCACCAGCGUCAUAUGUACUAGUGCCAACCAUUAGUACUCAGUGUAUCACUGCUGGCCAAGCACCUGUGUCACUGACAUGGAAUGAAGUUCUGGCAACAAAACUAUCACCAUCUCUAACCCUGCCAACUGUUGGUGAACAUUUCACCAAUGACGUCCAGUUAAACUCUACAGUGACUUGGCCAGCAGUCACUGCAACCAACUCUGAUGAUCGACCCAUCACAUGUACAAACUCAUCAGGAGAUGCUGCAGUCGGUCUUACAGGAGGUGUGUUUAGAGUUGGAUCUCACACGAUCAACUGCACAGUGAUUAAUGAUGGCGGAUGUAUUACAUCAGGGAGCUUCGCAUUCAAUGUCACAGUUUGUUCAUUGAUGUGUUUGAAUGGAGGAACAUUGGAUUUGGAGCGUUGCCAAUGCGGCUGCACACAAAGUUGGACUGGAGACACGUGCUCAGCAUCACGCAAUUCCUGCACAAACGGCUGGCACCGUGUUGGGACCAUGUGCUACAAAAUUGUCUAUUUUCCCUCACAAGGAGACAGGAUGACGUGGGCUCAGGCUGAAGCUGCAUGCGUUGCUGAUGGAGGACAUCUUGCCAGCCUUCAUACCCAACAACAGCAGCAUUACAUCUAUGGUGAGUACAUCUAUCUUCUAUAA